AUUAAUUAUUUUCUUGGUUGUUCUUGGAUUUUAAUUUUUUUCUGGGUAUUAUAGGAUAUAUUUAUAUUUUUAAUUGAGCUUAAACAGCUAUACUUCGCCUUUCUCAUUGGUUGCCAUUUAAUUUCUUGGUGUCUGAUAUUAAAUUCAUAGGUGGUGAGUUUGGUUUUUUAAAAUCUGGGUUUUAGCCAUUAAAGCUCCCUUUGGUUUUUUUCCCCUCUGCUAUAAUGAUCAAAUUUCUCACUCUCUCUCUCUCUCUAUAUGUAUACAUAUACACAUAUACAUAUGAGAUAUAAACACAUACAACUUUAAAACACCGACUCUCCCUCUCUACAAACAAUGAAUGAAGGCUUUGUUGCAAUUUGUAAUUGCAAAAUUUACUGCAAAUUUUCCUAAUUCUGUAUACUUGGUGCUUUUUUUUCUUUUUAUUUUCAAAUCAUUAGUAAAUUUCCUGGCCUUAAUUUACACUCUUCUUCUACCCAAUGCUUCAAUUCAAUUCUUAUCAGUCCUCUCUCUCUCUCUCUCUCAACCUCUCUAUCUCUGUCUCUCUCCACCUCUUCCCCAUAAUUUAAUUAAGCUUUAAAGAAAUCCCCUCUCUCUCACUCUCUCUCCCCCCUCUUUUUUCCUCCUUAUAAAAUGGCCUUACUUCUCCAAACCCACCACCAAACAAGUCCUUGUUGAUGGUGCAACCAUACCCUGUUUUGGUCUUGACCUGGUUUCUCUCGUUAGCCACCUAACCCCUCAAAACUCCUUUUUCUUACAAACACUAAACCUCUUUUCUUGAUUCACACAGCAAAGAAUUAAGAAGUUGGCUUUUCUUUUCUAAGGUUUCAAAGUCGCUAACAUCAAGAAGGAAGAUUUUCUGGAGAAGGAGCUAGAAGACUUUACCAGGAUGAGCCGGAGGAAUGGAAAUGGACCCAAGCUUGACUUGAAGCUGAACCUAUCACCACCAAGGACUAACCCAAGAGUGGAGUCUCCCAACCGAUCGGCAACCCCAUCACCGACAUCUCAGUCGAGCUCCUGCCUGUCAUCGGAGCUGAACCAGGACGACUCAAACAGGUACUUGAGCAGUCCAGAGACGACGUCCAUGGUGCUCCGAGGAUGUCCGAGUUGCCAUAUUUACGUCAUGUUAGCAGAAGAUGCUGCUAAAUGCCCUCAAUGCAAGAGCACCGUCUUGCUUGAUUUCCUCCAUGACGCCAGCACCACCACCACUCCCCCAAUGAUGACGAGGAAGACCUGAAAGUAAUCUCGUAGGCUGGAGGUUGAGCGCUAUUCCCACUCCAUUUAUUUAUAUUUGCACUCUUUCAAAAUACAUGACAACCAGGAGUUUGAAUAUAAAUAAUCGGAGUGUCAAUAGCCUUAUCUUUCCAAUCAUAUAUGCUACGAAUAUGAUCUUAUUAUGACUAGAUUUUGCAGCUUUUUUCUUUGGCUUCCAAAUUAAAAGUUAAUCGUGCUCCACUUUUUUUGUAAGGUAAUCCUUAAAAAAGAUAGAAGAAAUUGUUAAAUGGGGGGUACUUAAGUUAUGAAAAGUGGAGCUCAAUUAGCUAGUUUUUGUGUUAAAGAGCCCUAAAAUAGGAUAUGGAGGGAAAUAUGGGCACCCUAAUGGUGUUUUUUUUCUUUAAUCAAGUUUUCUUUUCUUGUUUAGCAGAAGACUAUGUAAAAUAGUUAGCUGCCGUAGCUACCUUAGAUUUUCUUAUAUAUUGGGAAAUAUCAGGUCCAACUUCUUGUUC